UAAGAAUUGUAUAAUUCAAGUGGUGUAAAAAGGCUCUCUCUAUGCUACACAUCCUGGCACUUUUGGGCACUACAAAUUCACACCCCAUCCUUCACUUGUCCCUCAUGUUCAAGCUCCUCGUCUCUCUUCAUCCUCUUUCUCUUCUCCAUUUUCUCUCAACAGCAUACCACCAAUCUUUUUAUCACAACCCAAAAGCCUAAAUCCUCUGUUUUUCCUCUGCCUCCAGAUACCUUUUAUCUCUGAAAUUUAGUGAUCUUAUUGUGUCAUUUGUUGCUGAAAUUUUUGUUGCCAUAUAUCUACUCUUAUGGCAACAAUUGUGUACCAAGGUUUGCAGUCAUGUUUAGAGUCUCAAGUGCUUGAGCCAAGAACAUUAAGGCUCAGAUUUUGUUCACCAAAACCCCGCUGCUCUCAGCCCCUUGAGUUAACCUUUAAAUCUUGUUUUGUAGAUUCCAACACAAAACAGCUUGAAGAUAAAUGUCAUUCUCAAGAAAAUAGCAAAAAAUCUGCUGACACGGGAAGCUGGAGCUUCCUCGAAGCUAUUGCCAAUGGCUCCCAAUUAGGAAGCUCCAAAGAAAAGAUAAACACAACAUAUGUCCAUCCUCAAGUUAAGCGUUCUAUGUCUUCCCUUAGCGAGAAGAGCUUGAAACUAUGCACUGAAAGUUUAGGUAGUGAAACUGGCACUGACAUAAUUGAAGAUAACAUUUUCUCAUUGUCUUCUUCUUCUUCUUCAUCAUCAUCAUCUUCAGCAGGUGAGAAUUAUUCUUUUUCUCCCACAAGGGAGCAACAAAGGCCCAGUCAACUUGUGGGAGCUAAGAAAGCGAGUUCUCGUAGUUUUCCUCCUCCCUUGACAACAAUAAGCGGAUUAGAAACACUUCAAAUCAGACCCCACCGCGAAGAUGGGCGGCUGAUUAUCAAGGCAACAAAGGCACCCUCCACACGCUCUCUCUUUCAAGCUGAACGAUCCCAAGGCCGCCUUCGACUAUCCUUUUACACACCGUUUUAUCACGACUCUGAAGAGUUUUCCCAAGAAGAAGAGAUCGAAAACGAGUACUUGGAUGAAGAGGAAGAUCAUGAAGAAGCAGAAGAAAGAGAAUUAGAUCUUGAUGAACAUGAAGCUGAAGAAGAAAACGAUGCAUAUUUGGAAGAAGAUAUAAAUGGGAAUAGUUUAGAUGUUGAGGUUCAAAAGGAAAUGGAGAAGUUUCAAAGGCCUGGUAGGUGCAAAGAAGGCGAGCCCGAGAACAACAAAGGAUUGAUAAAUUGGGAGUCUUUUUGGGUGGCCACAUCCUAAAGCUUUUCAUUCGGAUAUCUCCCUAUAAUAAAAUAGUUUGUCUUUUAUCUUAUUUUCUUAUGAAUCUUAUGUUUCUAAACAAAUAUGCUUGUGGUAGGUAGUUAUUAUCGUUAUUUGAAGAUGCUUGCUUCAUUUC